AUUUUUGACACUUCCUGUCAUAAUCAGAUGUGUAAUAAAUAAAUAUAAAAAUUGUAUGUAAUGUGAUAAAUGAAUCGCGAAUAAUAUACAAUUGUAAAAUGUGGGGAAUGUACAAAUGGUUGUUUGUAUAUUUCCUCUUCUUGGCAGGUGUAAAAUGCAGCGAUAUCACGAAAUUGAUUUUUGGUUCCAAUACAAAUGGAAUGCCUGCUGCUUUUGGUGAUUUCGAUUCGGACGAAUUAACUGACGUCUUUGUGAUCCAAGACAAUGGAACUGCGAUAGAGAUACUCUUAGCUCAUGAGGAAGAACCGAUUCUACGUUCAGCAAAACCUAAACCUCUACGGUGCGUUUUUAAUCACUCCAAAAUAACGAGUGUUGUCCCUGGAGAUUUCGAUGGAGAUGCUUUUAUGGAUGUCUUGGUAACGACUCUGAAGAGAAACAGAAGUAACGUGACCAAUGUCCAUAUUUUAUGGGGGGGUGCUACUCAUUUGGAUUGUAGCGAUGAGCACAUUCUUGAAAUGAUUGGCCAGCCUUUAGCCAUUGAUGUGAACCAGGACAUGAUCGUUGAUCUUUUUGGGGAGAAUCUCCAUCAAAAGAGAGUGUUCUGGAUAUUUGGCAAGGAUAGGGAACGGCCCAAAGAAGAGAAGAUGGAAGAUAACAAACAACCUUUGAAACCUUUGAAAAAACCACAUUCUCAUGCAUUUUUAGAUCUCAAUGAUGAUUAUACAGCCGAUCUCUUCAUAACAACCCAAGGUGAUUUCGAGAUCUGGCAUGGAACGGAAGAUAGCAGAAGGUUCAUCUUCAACAGGUCGAUCCCCUUACCCUUCCCCUCACCUUCUUACAUAGGUCAAGCCUCUUUUAUAGACGCAGAAUUACGGGAAAGAAUGGACCUGUUAAUACCUGUUUGUGUCGAUAACAAACAAGAGUGUCACAACAGCAAACUGAUGAUGUACUCUGAGGAUAAUUGGCAUGACCUCCUGGUGGAUUUCAAGGAUCCCAAUGGAGUUACAUGGAGGUUUGCACAGAAUGACGGUGGUAGAUACACCAAUGUUAUAACAUUGUAUCAUGGGGAUUUCAAUAUGGACGGUUAUCCCGACAUUCUAACAACGUUGUCGCCUGUCGACAACUACCACCCGCAGUCGUUCCUUCUAGAGAACGUAGCGUCUCCCACCGCCAGGGGAAACCACAAAAGAACCUAUGUGGUCAGAUGGAAUGCCCUCAACCCAUUCACUAAUGGCACAGUCUUAGCCACUUUCUUUGAUCUCUAUCAAGAUGGUAUCUUGGAUGUAAUCUUAGUCACCUUUGACGGGAAAGAAUAUAAAUCAGCUGCUUUCAAAAACAGCUUGGAUUAUGAUGCAAACUUUAUCAAGGUCAUGGUUUUGACGGGUCUUACCAACAAGAACAAUCAGAUGAUCAUGGGACGUGUCGGGAAGAAACGCAGGACUUACGGUACUAAUUUGCCUGGUCCCAGGAUCUCUUACUCAACCACUACCCAGGAGGGUAACCUGAGACACGCAGCAGCUGCUCAACUACCCCAAUCCGCUCAUUUCAGCCUGAACCUACCCUAUACGAUAUUCGGUCUGGGCAGGACCCCCAACUUCGUAGAUUUUCUGACGGUUGGCUUGUCGAAUCAUUCGAAAGAUUGGCCCCAGAUCAUCCCUAAUUCUCAGAUGGUUGUUAUACCUUGGCCUCCGAGUGAGCCUAACAAAUGGAGGGCGCAACUUUUCGUCACUCCCAGUAAGCUGAUUUUGAUGUCUGUGGCCGCACUGACUGGGGUCUGCGGGCUGAUUACUCUGCUUAUUGGAGUACUUUACUGGAAGGAGAGACAGGAGGAUAAAAAGGAGAGAUUGUCGGAGUCGCACAGGUUCCAUUUCGAUGCUAUGUAGAUAAUUUUUGUUAGCUCGCAUUGUGAUACGGUUAAUUUUGUUACUAAGUUAUUUUACUAAUAAAUUUUAUUGUACUAGUCUA